AUGGAGGCCGGCGCUGAGGCGGAGCCGCUGCUGCCCCCGCGGCGCUGGCGGGCGGCCCGCGGGCUGUGGGGGGCGGGCGGCGCUGCCCGCCCGGCCGAGCACGGUGCUGGAGCUGAUAAUGACCUUUAUAUAAACCAAGCUGUAGUAUUUAUUGAAGAUGCAAUACAGUAUCGAUCCAUAAAUCACCGUGUGGACUCCAAAUCCCUGUGGCUUUAUCGAUGGUACUAUUCAAGGACCUGCCAGUGGAUUUUGAGUUUAACCAUCACUGUAAUCCUGGCUUUGGCUUUCAUUGAAGAGCCUUCUUCACUCACUGUCACAUCGGACGUGCGGUACCGCCUUCCCCCUUGGAAUCCUCCCUGUGGCCUGACAGAGAGCUUGGAGCUGCUCUGCUUCCUGGUGUUUGUGGCUGAUGUGUCUGUGAAGAGUUACUUGAUUGGAUGGAAAGAAUUUUGGAAAAACAAAUGGCUAAUGGCUUAUAUACUGACAUUAACUGUUUCCCUGAUGGAUUGGAUUGUCUCGCUGAGUUUUUCCUGCAGGGAGAGUUUGAGAAUAAGAAGAAUUUUUCGCCCGUUCUUUCUCCUUCAGAACUCUUCCAUGAUGAAGAAAACGUUAAAAAGUAUCAACAGCACGUUGCCUGAAAUGGCAAGUGUUCUUCUGCUGCUGGCUGUUCAUCUGUCUCUCUUCACCAUGUUUGCCAUGCUGCUGUUUGCUCGAACAAAGGAUAAUCAGCAGGAUAAGGAGUGGGUGGUGUAUUUCCGGAAUCUGCCAGAUUCACUGACAUCCCUGCUGGUCCUGCUGACUACUGCAAAUAAUCCUGAUGUGAUGAUUCCUGCAUAUUCCAAGAAUCGAGCAUAUUCCAUCUUCUUCAUCCUCUUCACUGUUUUAGGCAACUUGUUUCUGAUGAACUUGCUUACAGCAAUAAUAUACAACCAGUUUCGAGGAUACCUCCUGAAAUCAGUUCAGUCCUCCCUCUUCAGGAGGCGGCUGGGAAUCCGGGCUGCGUUCGAAGUGCUUUCUACCCUGAAAGAGACUCCUGCCAGUGCCCAACAGUCCUAUGUCAGCACUGGGGCCUUACAACAAGUGCUGCAGAAAGCUGAGAUGGAUUCUCGCUGCAAACAAGCCAUCCUGAGGUCGCUCAAAAUGUGCUCCUGUGACCAGCUGUCAGCUGCCCAGUUCCAGAAGCUCUUUGAAGAACUAGACAAAGAUGCCAUUAAGCAACAUCCUCCCAGUCCAGAGUACCAGUCCCAUUUUAUGCAGAAAUUGCAGUUUGCCUUUGGCCAUCCCUACUUUGGCUACUUGGGGAAUGUGGUAGCCCUUGCAAACAUUAUUUCUAUCUGUGUGGUUUUGGUGAUGGAUGCAGAUAAACAACCUUCUGAAAGAGAUGACUUUUUCCUGGGGGCCAUCAACUGCUUCUUCAUCCUGUACUAUCUGCUGGAAAUGUUGCUGAAAAUCUUAGCAAUGGGCUUGAGAAGAUACCUGUCUUACCCAAGCAAUAGAUUUGAUGGACUUCUGACUGUAAUUUUGCUGAUUUUGGAGAUUUCAACUUUUGCUGUGUAUGGAUUUCCUCAUCCUGGCUGGAGACCCGAGUUCAUGGGCUUAUUAUCCCUGUGGGAUAUGGUGCGAUUGGUGAACAUGCUGAUCGUGUUCCGCUUUCUGAGGAUCAUCCCCAACAUGAAGUUCAUGGCUUUGGUUGUCACUACAUUGCUGGAUCUGGUAAAAAACUUAAGAGCCUUUGCAGGGAUCCUUGUGGUGGUUUUCUAUGCAUUUGCUAUAACUGGCAUAAUGCUAUUCAAAGGUGCUGUCGUUCCCUUGGGAAAUACCAGUGCUGCCAACACCACAUUUGAUAAUGGCACCUUGCAGUGUGGGACCUACGAGCAGCUGGAAUAUUGGCCCAACAACUUCGAUGACUUCGCUGCAGCAGUGGUGACCCUCUGGGAUGUGAUGGUGGUGAACAACUGGCAGGUCUUUUUGGAUGCCUUUUCAAGAUAUUCCAGUCCGUGGGCAAAGAUCUAUUUUGUAGCCUGGUGGUUGAUCUCCUCUGUCAUCUGGGUUAAUCUCUUCGUAGCUUUACUUCUGGAGGUAAGGAAAUGUGUUUAUUUGGUAUUGGAUCCCAAAGCUGGGUUCUAAUUCGUGCAGGAAGUUAAAAGAACCCGGACAACUUUUUGGGAAAAGUAUGUUGGGCUUGUGUGUGUUCUUUCUUUACCUUUCUCCUCGCUGCCCUUCCCCUCAGGAGUUAAGGAAGCUGUUUUUUUUCCUAGACAAUUCUAUGUUUUAUUUGCAAUUUUGUCACAGAACUGGUUGCAUCUCACUGGGCAUGUACAUUUUCAUGAUAUCACUCUCUAUAAAGAGGAAAAAUAUUAUAAGCACUAUAAAAUUGCUUGUCUCUUGUACAUUCACAUUUUACUUCAGCAUUAGUUAUUCAAGCUGCAGGCUUUUUGCAUUUUAAUUUAUCAGCAAAUGAAGUUAGCUCUUUGUAAAUUUACUUGUAAUUUAUUUGGCUUUCCUGUAUUUCUUCCCACCCUGAUUUGAAUUAUUACCAUUGUCCAGUUCCACACUAGAAAAAUGGAACUGAUGACCCCUUUUCAAGAGAUUUUCU